UUUACAAACGUUCAGUCAGAUACAGUUUUACAAAAGUUCAGUCAGAUACAGUUUUACAAACGUUAAGUCAGAUACAGUUUUACAAACGUUAAGUCAGAUACAGUUUUACAAACGUUAAGUCAGAUACAGUUUUACAAACGUUAAGUCAGAUACAGUUUUCUGGUAAUAGUAGAGUGCAAGAUUGGAUGUGUUUCAUUGGUCAGUCUGUUAUCUGUAAAGAUGGCCCCUAAAAAGUCAUCUGUAAAAAAAGGUUUGAUUAUCGGCGGAGUCAUUACGGGUGCGACAGUUUCAGCAGUUGGGGCGGUACUUGUAGCGCCUGUUGUAGUAGGUGCUCUUGGAUUUGGAGCAGCUGGUAUAGCAGCUGGAAGUGUUGGCGCUAGCAUGAUGUCGGCCGCUGCUACUUCAGGAUUUGGAAUGGGUAUUGUUUCCGUUCUACAGUCUGUCGGAGCUGUUGGGUUUGGAGUAGCAGCCAAUGCGCUGAUUGGUGUAGGGGGUGCCGCCGUGGGUGGUGGAGUGGCUGCAGCUGCUGGAGCCGCAGUCGUAAAAACUAAGAAAAAUAAAGACUCUAACAGUGCCGAUGCAUCAACAAGCACAGAACCGGAAACAGAUGAAAUACCUAGCAAGCAGAAGUAUGAGAAUGUUAUGUGGAGACGCAGAAGGAACAAGAGUAGCCCAGAGAAUAUUAGGUCAGAUACUGUUGGUGAUGUCACAACGUCUGAAGAUGAUGAUAACAUAGACAGCGGCGAUGAAAUAAUAUUUGGCGGAGUUCUCAGUUUAAAUUAAAGUGUAUUCACUUGACACAUUCAUCUAGAUAUCUCUAUAAAAAUGACGUCUAAUUGCUUAGUUCUCAAAUAAAUGCUUAUGUGACAGUCUGUGACGCUAAUAUGGUAAUCGGAAAUGAGAAAUAUUUGUGUCUGCUCUACUGCUCAAAGUCUUAAUUUAAACAUUAAGAAACAAACUGUUUCCUGUAAAACUAGUCAAAUCUCAGAUUCCUAAGACAAGAUGUACUCGGCUAACUUACAGAUAAUUACAACAACUACUAGUCCUGUCUACACUAUUUGACAUGGAAAGAAUUGAACCGGAAGUUUGUGUCUAUUACCACAAUGCUUUUACAUUUAGACGUUUGUCCAAUUAAUUCAACACUAACACACACAUCUCUGCUACAUCCUGAGAGGAACGUGUAACUCAAUGGACGACGUUUCCUGGAUGUUCCGAAAAAUUGAUGAGCUUUUUGUUUUACAUUUAGUUUCACGAAGAGCAAAACAUUUCAAGGAAGUCACAUUUUAUUUGGAUUUACAAUCAUAAUAAACUACUUUUGAAACCUGCACUUUU